UCAAAGUGAUCAUUCAUACGAAACCUACUUCCUAUAACCACAGGACCUAUAUAGUGCUAUCCCAUAGGAUCCAACUUUCACAACCUUGAAUUUUCUGUGAUCUUUGCAAUCUACACAAUAUUCAGUAUUCACCAUGGGAGCCACAACUUUUACACAUGAUUAUUCAUCCCCUGUUGCUCCAUCACGCAUGUUCAAGGCCUUGAUCACUGACUCUAGAACUUUGCUGCCAAAGCUCUUACCACAGAUCAUAAAAGAGGUCAAUCUGAUCCAAGGAGAUGGGGAAGCUGGAAGCAUUGAGCAAGUUAACUUUGCUGAAGCUUUCCCCUUCAAGUAUGUGAAACACAGGAUUGAUGAGGUUGAUAAGGACAACUUUGUGUGCAAAUACACUAUGAUUGAAGGAGAUCCAUUGGAGGACAAGCUUGAGUCUAUAGCUUAUGAAGUUAAGUUUGAGGCCACUAGUGAUGGAGGUUGCCUUUGUAAAAUGACAACCAAAUAUAACGUCAUUGGGGGUUUUGAAGUCAAAGAGGAAGAGAUAAAGGAAGGAAGGGAAAGCUCUCUUGGAGUCUGCAAGGUUGUGGAAGCCUACCUGCUGGAGAAUCCACAAGUUUAUGCUUAAUUAUUCAUUUGUUUUUGUCAAGUAUACAGAUACUGUUUCAAGAUUAAAUUCAAACUUAUUCAAUUUUUGAAUGAUAUAUAUAGUGUGCAAGCAAAUAUAGGCACAAUUAGAAUGUUUGCAAUGUAUUGAACUCCUUAAUAUGUCCUUACCCUUCAAGGGCUGCUUUGUGGUUUGGCAAAGUAUUUGUACUUUUGUAGUAACAAAGAGUACUCUGAUGGUAAUAAUUCCUCCUAAUUAAUCAUUCUGCCAAAUCAUAUUGUGCAACUAGUAAA